UAACUGAAUAACUGAAUCAAGAUUCCCUUCACUUCCCUUGUGAACUUUUCCCUGUCUCCUUCACAUUUCUUCACACAAAACCAAAAAAAAAAAACUCCCAUUUUCAACUUUAUUUCAUACAAAUUUUUCAAGAUUCAUCAAAGGGGUUGUAGAUAAGUGGAAAAACUAUAAUGGGUAAUCAAAAAAACAAUGAUUUCUUGAUUCUGUGUAUUUUUGGAUUAGCAUUUUUGGGUAUGUUAUCAAGUUGUUUAGGUAGUGUUGGAGUGAACUGGGGAACAAUGGCAACUCACCAAUUACCACCAAAUAGUGUUGUGAAGAUGUUAAAAGAAAAUGGUUUUGAUAAAGUGAAAUUAUUUGAAGCAGAUGAAGUGAUUUUGAAUGCUUUAGUUGGUAGUGAUAUUGAAGUUAUGCUUGCAAUUCCUAAUUAUAUGUUGAAAGAUUUGAGUUCUGAUCCUUUAAUUGCUGCUUCUUGGGUUGAUGCUAAUGUCACUGCUUAUGCUUAUACAAAUGGAGUCAAAAUCAGGUAUGUGGCAGUGGGAAACGAGCCAUUUCUAGAAACGUACAACGGAACUUACCUACAGUACAUAUUACCAGCACUAAAAAAUGUUCAAGAAUCCAUCAACAAAGCUGGAUUAGGUGCAGAGGUGAAAGCAACUAUCCCUUUCAAUGCAGACAUUUACUACUCCCCCGAGUCGAAUCAAGUUCCCUCUGCUGGUGAUUUCAGGCCAGAAGCACGCGAUUUAACCCUCCAAAUUGUCCAAUAUCUGUAUUCCAAUAAUGCCCCUUUCGUCGUUAACAUCUAUCCUUUCCUCAGUCUCUACGGAAACAUCUACUUUCCAUUAGACUUUGCCUUUUUUGACGGCUCAAAAGUCAAGCCUGUCAGGGACGGAGGUAAUGUUUACACGAAUGUGUUUGAUGCAAAUUUUGAUACUCUUGUAUGGUCGUUGAAGAAAGCUGGUUUCCCUGACAUGAAAAUCGUAGUUGGAGAAGUAGGCUGGCCAACAGAUGGAGAUAAAAAUGCAAACAUCGAAAACGCUAUGAGAUUUAACCAAGGGUUAAUCAAACAUUGUUUGAGUGGACAAGGAACCCCUGCUAGAAAAGGCAAGAAAAUAGAGGUUUAUUUAUUCAGCCUCAUUGAUGAGAAUGCUAAAAGUAUUGCUCCAGGUAACUUUGAGAGGCAUUGGGGAAUGUUUGAAUUCGACGGAAAGCCAAAAUACGAGCUGGAUUUAUCCGGGAUGAUGCAGAAAGAUAAAGGGUUGGUUGCAGUAGAAGGUGUAAACUAUAUGCAAAAAAAGUGGUGUGUAUUAAAACCACUGAACGUCGUAGAUAAUGCAGAAGACUUACCCAAAAACGUUGAUUACGCGUGCAGUCUCUCGGAUUGCACGGCUUUGGGAUAUGGCUCUUCAUGCAACCAUCUUAGCACGGACGGGAAUGCCUCAUAUGCUUUUAACAUGUACUAUCAACUCAAGAAUCAGAACAGUUGGGACUGUGAUUUUGAUGAACUGGCAGUGGUGACUGACGAGGAUCCAUCCGACGAUAAGUGCCGGUUCCCAGUGAUGAUUGCUGUUGCUGUAGGUCAUUCUCUGGUGGUGCUGUUGCACAGGAAGUUACUGUACAUCAUACUUGUUGCUAUUCUUGUUUUGAUGGAUGUUUAGUAUUCUUCCUGCUACUUGUUUCCUAUAGAAAGUCACUUUAAUACACACAGGUAAUUCAGUAUGUUCAAGUAAAUCUCAUUCUAAAUUCUGACACUAUGAUGCUAAAUCUCUCCAAAGAUGCUGCUCCACACCCAUGUCGAAUUUUCCAAAAAUGCGCCACUUUCAGAGGAUCAGAUACAGGAUGUGUCAAAUGCACGAGUUGGGCUGUAUUUGAGCGGGUCAAA